AUGAUCAACCUAGAUAUUGCAAAUCUGAAUGAUGUGAAUUUAAUAUUAGAACGGUUUGAGGCACACGAUCGAUACCUCGAAGCCAAAAUUGAGUUGUUCGAAGAAAUUGACCAGCCGCCCCACAGUUACAGCGCCGGUGUAGGUGCGAACCUCACGGGGGACGGCAGCACGGGCAAGGAGGUUACCCCCUCGAGUAUACAAGCGCCCACAGCAGCUGCUGGCUCGGUUGGCGCGUCGGCAGACACCACGAACACCACCGACUGUAGCAGCAAACGCGGGGCACACAAAACCUCCAUUAAAAAAAAAAUACCAGAAGUCAUAAACACAAAGGAAAAAAAAAACAUUCUCACAAACAUUGUCAACAUAUUAAAUUAUGUGUUCCCAGAUUACGAAUUCAAAUUUUUAAGUAAGUCCAACUUGAAGCAAAUAAAAAAUAUGAACACGGUCAUAGACAAUAUAAAUUAUAAUUUAUUUUACGUCAUUGAAAAUAUAUAUCGUGGUUUCAACAAAAGGAUAUGGAAAAUUUUAAAAGAGUUGAUUGAUUUUAAACAUUGUGAUGUGUACACUUACUUGAACGACACAGACAAUGAUCCCUAUGUAGACAAAGAAAGCAUUUCAAGUUUUAAUUAUUUUUUUUUCGCUAAAAAAAAUAAAAGAAUUCUCUUCAUUUCGUGUAUUACCAAGCCAAAAUAUAAACACCAAAAUGAUGAAGAUUUUAAUAAUAUCUUUUUAGGCAUUCAAGAUGAACCCUCCAUUAAUAAUCACAAUGCAUAUGACGAGGAAAAUUCUUCAGGGUAG